AUGGGCGAUGAUAACGAAGCUGCAGUGAGGGAGUCAUCUGUUCUGGCUCGCCACUGUUUGCUAUUUGCCGGCGAUGGCUUGCUCAGCGUCGAUGGUCAGUUUGGCCGCUGA